CGACAGAUAAUUAACCCAGUUAAUCAUUCACGGAUCAUGCUUUUUCAUUUUAAUAGUAUAUAUAUAUAUUAUUGUAUUACACAGAGAUCGUGGCUGCGUUGGGUGGUCCGUUAGCUUCCAAGCGUACUCAAUAAUCAUCCGUCGGAUCAGACCAAUCCAAGUGUCAGCAGCGAACCAUCUGUAUCCCGACCCGUCACUUAACGGCGACGUGACAGCCUGACUGACUGCGUUGGGACUUCCCGUACGGAAUUAUCUCCGCGUCCGCAAUCUUCACGAGAAGGGAGAGGGAUAGAGACAGAGAGUCGUCUCAGCGCCUAAUCAUCAUUCAUCGCCAUGUCGCUCCUUCUUCCACCGAUAGAUCUACGCCGGCGCCGACGACAAGAUCCGCUCCUCUCUCUCCACCGUCAACCUUUCUAACUUCUUCCGAUUCCGCCGAUCAUCACUCGCUGGCCGCCUUCUCCAUCAGAAAAAAAAAAUGAUGGAGACUGAGCUCCACGAUGUUAAACCAGUGCCUCCCAAGGGCCACGUCAUCUCCCCCGAUUCUCCCUCAUCGGCGUCCCCCGUCGACGACGCCUCACAGAAGGACGACCGGCCGCUCCUCAAAUCCGACUCCUGCUCGUCCUCCUCCGGCCGAAUCUCCGCCGAGAGCCUCGAAGAGCUGAACAAGAAGUUCGCCGCGUUCGCCCGCCACGACGUCUACGGUCCGCUCGGCCGCGGGGAGCUGCCGCUCGUGGAGAAGCUCCUGCUCGGCGUCGCCUGCGUCACGCUCCUCCCGUUGCGCGUCGUGCUGGCCACCCUCAUCUUGUUCUUCUACUACUUGGUGUGUAGGAUUUGCACGCUCUUCUCCGCGCCCAAUCGGGACGAGGCGGCGGAGGAGCAGGAGGACUUCGCUCACAUGAGAGGGUGGCGGAGGACCGUCGUCGUCUCCUGUGGCAGGUUCCUCUCCAGGGUCAUGCUGUUUGUGUUUGGGUUUUAUUGGAUAAGCGAGAGUUUUAGGGAUUUAGAGCAAGAGCAAUCUCCGCCUCAAGGCAAGUCAUCCUCUCAGCUGGGAAUGCUCUAUCCGUACUCUGGUUGCAUGCUUUUUUUUUGGUAAUUGGUGUCUUGGGAUUUUGUGGCUUACUGCUGCUUAUUGGUUACAAGAAUGCUGCCACUCCACUGAGUACAAAAUUGGCCAAAAGGAGGAAUAGAGGAAGUAGGAGAUGAAUGACUAUUUAUUCCAAGCUGAAAUUAUGUAUGGUGUUCUGCUGACUUUCGAGGCUCAUAAUGAGUUACAGAAACUGUCUCUCUCUAGCCAGCUUUCUGAAAUGGGACUUGGGAUUGUGUCAAUCACCCAGCUUCUGAAGUCAUUGAUACUUGCUUUAUGCUUCAGCUUGUUGCUAUACUGCAUUCAGUCUGGCCCUCUUAAAUGUGUUGUCUACCUGGAAUUUUUAGUUUCAAAGAGAGCUAUAUCUUACUUUACAUUUGUAUUCCCCUGCUCUUGAAUUUUGGAUCAGAACGAUGGCAAAAUCCAAUCACAACGACCUGAAAGACCAGGGGCGAUAGUAUGCAACCAUGUCUCGUAUGUUGAUAUUCUGUACCACAUGUCGUCGUCUUUUUCCAGCUUUGUUGCCAAGAGAUCAGUGGGUAAACUUCCUUUGGUCGGUCUCAUCAGCAAGUGCCUUGGAUGCGUCUUUGUCCAACGGGAGUCGAAGUCAUCUGACUUUAAAGGUGUUGCAGGCAUUGUGAUUGAGAGAGUUAAAGAAUCUCAUGAGGAUGAAUCUGCUCCCAUGAUGAUGUUAUUUCCUGAAGGAACCACUACUAAUGGGGACUUCCUCCUUCCUUUUAAGACGGGUGGAUUCUUAGCUGGGGCACCUGUUAUUCCAGUGAUUCUGCGGUAUCCAUACCAGAGGUUUAGUGCUGCCUGGGAUUCGAUAUCGGGGUUCCGUCAUGUAAUUCUUCUGUUGUGCCAAUUUGUAAAUCACUUGGAAGUGAUUAGGCUACCUGUUUACUACCCUUCCCAAGAAGAGAAGACUGACCCUAAACUAUAUGCUAAUAAUAUCCGGCGGUUGAUGGCACGCGAGGGUGAUCUAGUAAUGUCAGAUAUUGGACUAGCCGAGAAGAGAAUAUACAUUGCCGCACUCAAUGGUUUGUUAUCACAAUGCUAACUCUGGGGUUUGCCGUCUUGUCUGUGUAUAGUGAUGUACCAUUCAUUUAUUAAGGAAACAGAGGAAAGAAACCCCUUAAAAGGAAGAAAGCGAAAAGGGGAGAAGAAAUGAUAUAAUCAGGAAAGUAGCAAAUAGCGAUAAAUGGAUAUGGAUGUGCAGAACUAAACAAAGAUGUAAUUCUUUAGCUCAACCCUUUUGAACUGCUUUUUUGCAGU